AAAAGUACUUUUGAAUCUUGACAAAACAACAAAUCACCCACUUAUAAAUCCAUUGCCAGUUACUGAAAUCUCACCUUCAUACUCAUACACUCACACACACACCACUUGUUUCAUUGGUGUGACAAAAAGCAAAGCUAGGUGGUAACAAUGGCGGUGAAGAAGGCACGGAUUGUGAUAAUAGGAGCAGGAAUGGCGGGGCUCACUGCUGCCAACAGGCUUCACAGUGUGAGUGCCUCAAAGAACUUGUUUGAGGUGUGUGUUGUGGAAGGUGGAAACAGGAUUGGUGGGAGAAUCAACAGUUCAGAGUUUGGUGGUGACCGGAUUGAGAUGGGUGCUACUUGGAUCCAUGGAAUUGAAGGAAGUCCAAUCCACAAAAUAGCUCAACAAAUCCAUGCACUUGAGUCUGACCAGCCUUGGGAGUGCAUGGAUGGGAACGACAACAAGGCCACCACCAUUGCUGAAGGUGGCUUUGUGCUAACCCCUUCCUUUGUCCACCCCAUCACCAAGCUUUUCAACAGUCUCAUGGACCAUGCUCAGGGAAAGAUGUCAACACCAACAACCAACGGCGACAGCGGAAUCCUCAGCAUCGGUUCUUUUCUCAGACAAGGCCUUGAUGCUUAUUGGGGUUCGUCAAAAGAGGAAAAGGAGCUGAAAGGGUUCGGAAAGUGGAAUAGGAAGUUGCUUGAUGAAGCAAUCUUUGCCAUGCACGAGAACACGCAGAGGACUUGUACAUCUGUUUCUGACUUGUUGACUUUGGAUUAUGGCGCAGAAAGUGAAUACCAAAUGUUUCCGGGUGAAGAAAUCACAAUUGCUAGAGGCUACUCGAGCAUAAUUGAAACGUUAGCGUCUGUGCUACCACCUGGUUCAGUUCAGUUGGGAAGAAAAGUCACAAGAAUCGAAUGGCAACCCGAGAGACACGAGGCCAACGGAACAUGUUCUAGGCCCGUGGUGCUACAUUUCUCUGAUGGCUCUAUUAUGUCUGCGGAUCAUGUCAUUGUCACGGUUUCACUGGGGGUGUUGAAGGCUUCUAUCCGUGAUGAUGGUGAUUCAGGUAUGUCGAUGUUCCAUCCCCCUCUACCCUCUUUUAAGGCUGAGGCUAUUUCAAGGCUUGGUUUUGGUGUUGUUAACAAGUUGUUCAUGCAAUUGAGUCCUCCUCAUGGGAGAAGAGAGGAACACCCCAGAGGGUUCCCCUUCUUGCAAAUGGUUUUCCAUUCACCAAACUCUGAGUUGAGGCACAAGAAAAUACCCUGGUGGAUGAGGAAAACUGCUACUCUUUGUCCUAUCUACAACAACUCUAGUGUCCUCUUAUCUUGGUUUGCCGGGGAAGAAGCUCUGGCACUUGAGUCACUCAAAGAUGAAGAGAUCAUUAAAGGGGUUUCAGACACAGUUUCAUGCUUCCUGUCACAUUCAGUUGAGUUUUGCAACGGGAAUGUGAAUUCUGAAAAGCACUCCCACGAAUACAAUGUUAAAUUCAGUAAAGUGUUGAAGAGCCAAUGGGGAACAGAUCCUUUGUUUUUAGGCUCAUACAGUCAUGUGGCAGUUGGAUCAAGUGGAGAUGAUUUUGAUACAAUGGCAGAACCUUUGCCAAAAUGCAGUAGCAGCAGUAGCAGCCACCCUUCUGCUUCACCACCACUUCAAAUCUUGUUUGCAGGGGAAGCAACCCACAGAACCCAUUAUUCCACAACUCAUGGAGCUUACUUCAGUGGUCUUAGGGAAGCCAAUAGGCUUAUUCAACACUAUUCACCGUGUUAAGAUUUAUAGUAUAGCAACUUCUUUUUCAUUUUCUCCCCUUUCAAAAUUUGUAUCAUUAGUUUAUAUGAUAGUAUUCUUAGUUUGUCUUUGGGGAGAUUAGUAACCGAUUUCCCAACAAUUGAAAUUAGAAGUGGCAACAUAGGGAAAACCAGUGUAGCCAAUUACUUUCUUUUAAACUUUU